CUGUCAGUAAGAGGAGCUUUAUCUCACACACACAGAGACGGAGGCGCGCGCACACACGCACCGCACGCACGCACGCACGCAAACACGGCGGCUUAAAGGGGUCUCGUGUCCUCGUGAGAAUUUAUUCUUUUCUUUUCUGAUCUUUAAUGUUCUGAACAAGCUCGUGAGACUGAGAAGCAGUUCGGACAUGGACUCUUUGUGGUCGCAGUAAACACAGAGACCGCGGACCGACCCGGACAAAGCGAGGCGAGAAGAUGAGCGCGAGCACAACGGCGUCGUGUCGCUUCGCCCAUUACUUCGUGUUAUGUGGACUGGACAACGCCACGGGCCUCGAGCCCGACGCCUUAGCCGCUUUGUACCAGUGGCUAGAGGCCGAUCGUCAGGGCAGAGACCCAGAGGCCGUGACGGCAGGUGAAAACUUUGACCAGAGUCCCCUUAAACGGACUUUCAAAUCCAAAGUGCUGGCUCACUAUCCAGAGAACAUCGAAUGCAACCCUUUUGACCAGGAUGCCGUCAACAUGCUCUGCAUGCCUAAAGGCCUGUCGUUCCGCACUCAGAAGGACUCCCUGACUCCUAAGUUCCACUCGUUCCUAAUCACACGUGAGGAUGGCUCUCGCACCUACGGUUUCGUACACACCUUCUACGAGGAGGUGACCAGCACUCAGAUUCGCUCUGCCAUGCAGACUUUGCACCAGAUGCACCAUGCAGAGCACGCCUCUUCCCACAACUGCCCUUCAUCCUCCUCCUCCUCCUCCUCCUCAUCCUCCAGUAUGGACUCGUUAACCAGCAGCUCAGACGAAGCAGAGUCUCUGUCCUCUGCCUGUUCUGGGAGUCAGCGUUGUUGCAGCUCGUCGAGCUACGACGCUGAGCAGGACACGCUGUACGUCUCCAAAGCACUGUGUCUGAUCACGCCUAUGCCCUUCAUGCAUGCGUGCCAGCGCUUCCUGUCCCAGCUGCACAGGGCUGUAACGGCCCAGCAGCCGCCCCCUCUGCCACUGGAGAGCUACAUACACAACGUGCUGUACGAAGUCCCGCUCCCGCCUCCCGGACGCUCCUUAAAGUUCCAUGGUGUGUACGAGCCCAUCGUGUGCCAGCGGCCAGGACCGGCGGAGCUGCCGUUGGCGGAUUUUCCUCUGGGCGAGGCUUUUCGGCUGCUGGGCAUCGAGAACCUGGUGCAGCUCUUUACCUGCGUCCUGCUGGAGAUGCAGGUUCUGCUUUACUCGCAAGAUUAUCAGAGGCUGAUGGUGGUAGCGGAGGGGAUCACCACACUCCUCUUUCCGUUCCAGUGGCAGCAUGUGUACGUGCCCAUCCUGCCUGCGUCCCUGCUGCACUUCCUGGAUGCCCCUGUGCCCUACGUCAUGGGCUUGCAGUCGAAAGAGGGCACGGACCGCUCCAAACUCGAGCUGCCUCAAGAGGCAAACCUUUGCUUCGUGGACAUUGACAAUCAUUGCCUGGAGCUGCCUGAGGAUUUCCCACAGUUCCCCAACAAGGCUGAGUUCAUCCAGGAGCUGAGCGAGCUGCUGCUGAGCUAUGGCCUGCCUCUAGAGGGGGGCGCUUCCUCGCCUCCACCCACCUCCACUCAAACACAUGUGACUGGGACUGAAGCUCUGAGAGACUUGGUAGACGAUGGGAAGAAUGGAAAUCUGCCGUUAGAUGUUGUGGACCUGCUGCAGGGAAACCCGACUCUGGAGCGCCUUCAGGCUCUAGCCAAGCGCACGGGGGUGAAGGUCGCCCGUCUGGAGGAGCUGGUGGCCGGGCAGAAGGGUUUAGGGGAGGAGAACAUGGGGGUAUUGAAGACUGGCAUCGAGGAGGAGGAGCUGAGGAAUGCCAAGCUAAGCGUGCAGCUGAGGGAGGUGUUUGCUGCUCGCUUUGUUGCAAUGUUCGCUGACUACGAGGCCUUCGUCAUUCAGAACUCACCAGACCUGGAGUCAUGGCUCUCCAACCGGGAGCAGAUGCACAACUUUGACAAGGCUUCCUUCCUGUCAGACCAGCCAGAGCCAUACCUGCCUUUUCUGUGCCGCUUCAUCGAGACCCAGAUGUUCGCCACCUUCAUCGACAAUAAAAUCUUGUCCCAGUGGGAGGAAAAGGAGCCCCUGCUGCGUGUGUUUGACGGACGCAUCGAGAAGGCCCGCCUCUACAACGUACGCGCUCCCAGCCUGCGCUCCUCCGUCUACCAGAGGUGCACCUUCCUCAACGAGUCCGCUCAGGCCAUUGAGCAGCGGCUGAUGAAAAUUGACCAUACAGCCAUUCAUCCUCACUUGUUAGACAUGAAGAUUGGCCAAGGCAAAUACCAGCAGGGCUUCUUCCCAAAGCUGCAGUCAGACGUGCUCGCCUCAGGCCCGACUAACAAUAACAGGUGGUCUAAUCGCACUGGCACGGCUCAGCGACGGAGGGACUGGCACAGACAGCAGACUGAUCAUCUCGGGCUGGACAACGACCUCAAAGAGCCAGUGGAGGGGGGUUUGGUCGUGCAGAGCUCUAUGGCUUCCUGGGAGCGGGUCAAGGCACCAACCCCUCGUAUUAAACCACCCAAAAAGUCCUUCUCAUCCUGCAGCCUGAAGUACAUGCAGGAGGCGCGUAGCCUGGGGAAAAACCUGAGGCAACCCAAACUGUCUGACCUUUCUCCAGCGGUCAUCGCUCAGACCAACUCGAAGUUUGUGGAGGGCUUACUGAAGGAAUGCAAAAUGAAGACUAAGCGGAUGUUGGUGGAGAAGAUGGGCCGAGAGGCCGUGGAGCUCGGCCACGGAGAGGCUAAUAUCACCGGUUUGGAGGAGAACACACUCAUCGCUAGCCUGUGUGACCUGCUGGAGAGAAUAUGGAGCCACGGCCUGCAGGUCAAACAGGGAAAGUCUGCAUUAUGGUCCCAUUUAAGACAUUACCAGGACCGAGUGGAGAAGAUGGAGCAGCAGGCGGAGUCAUCAGUGUCUCAUGGGCAAGAGAAGCGCAAGUCGGAUUCGUCUGUCGGCCUGUCAGUACUGCGCGUAUCAGUGGUGCAGGACAUGAGGCACAUCCAGAGCAUGGGGGAGAUCAAGACUGACGUAGGGAGAGCGCGAGCCUGGAUUCGUCUGUCCCUGGAGAAAAAACUGCUGUCCCAACACCUCAAACAGUUGCUUUCUAACCAAGCUAUAACCAAGAAGCUGUAUAAGCGAUAUGCCUUCCUGAGGUGUGAUGAAGAGAAGGAGCAGUUUCUUUUCCAUCUGCUGAGUCUGAACACAGUGGACUACUUCUGCUUCACCAGCGUCUUCACCACCAUCAUGAUUCCGUAUCGCGCCGUCAUCAUCCCUAUCAAGAAGCUGAGCAAUGCCAUGACCACAUCGAACCCCUGGGUGUGCGUGUCAGGUGAACUAGGUGACUCGGGCGUCAUGCAGAUACCGAAGAACGUCCUGGAGAUGACGUUUGAUUCUGCCUUUAGGGCUCACUCGCACCUCUCCAUCCCCUUCAAGUGUCAGAACCUGGGGAAGCUGACCACUGUGCAGCUGGGCCACGAUAAUGCUGGGCUUCUGGCCAAGUGGCUGGUGGACUGCGUGAUGGUUCGCAACGAGAUUACAGGACACACGUACAAAUUCCCUUGUGGUCGGUGGCUGGGGAAAGGUGUGGACGACGGCAGUCUUGAGCGAAUCCUAAUUGGUGAAUUGGUGGCUCCGUGCAACGAGGAGGAGGUGGGGCGAGGUUCUAAGACUCCGCCCCCUCAGCGCUCACCCACACAAAUCCGUCGAAUCAGCAUUAGCUCCAUCACAGGCCGAGGCAGCAAACCAACAACAGAUCAGAUCCAGGAAGCCAUCAGUGAAGCAGUGAACAACAUUGUGAAGCAUUUUCACAAACCAGAGAAGGAGAGAGGGAGUCUGACGGUUCUGUUGUGUGGAGAGGGCGGUCUAGUGGGAGCUCUGGAGCAGUUCUUCUACCACGGCUUCCGCACAGCUCGUCUCUUCCAGAAAAGCAUCUUUCUGUGGGACUUCAUAGAGAGGACGGUGGUGUACAUGGAGAGUUCUGAUCAGUUGCAACGAUCGGCCAAAUCCAUCGGUUCCAGCUGCAACUCUCUGUGUCGCUAUGCCAACGCUAUCAACAAUACGUCACGCAGCUUGGGCAAAGACGGCAAAUUCCAGCUUCUGGUCUGCCUUGGGGCAAGAGAUCGAUUGCUGCCUCACUGGCUCCCCCUGCUGAUCGAGUGUCCCGUCAUCACGCACAUGUAUGAGGAAACGGCGUUGCUGCGUGACAAUCUCGCCGUCACCUCUCUCAUCAGCGUCCUACAUUCUCUGCACGACUUCCGCAUAACUCUAGAGACCUCCCUCACCAAAGGGGUGGAGCUAUAGCCACAUAGAAAUGCUUAGAAUCCGUCUCCUUCUCCACCUCAGCCUCCUGAAACCUCCUGAUUCUUCUGCCUCUGCUGCUGCUGCUGCUGCUGCUUCCCGGGAGCGCGAAAUAAACAUGCUCCAGACUACCACGCCGUUUAAACAGCUGCUCCCAAACCCACAGAGAAGUCAGCGUUCACACGGAGGCGAGAAAAGCGGUUUGGAGCAGUGCUGAAGAAGCCAGAGUUUGAAUUGCUCGGAGUUUUUCAUUUUAAGGAGGAACCUUCUGGUUUGGACUGGUUUCUGAAUCCUGCUUGUCGUUGGACAGUUUCCUGUGUUCGUCCCUCGCACACCCGGCCGUCGCAGUGCACCACUUCAAGAAACAUGUCCGUGCUUUCAUGUGAAGAAAGCAGUACACUGAGAAGUAUAACGUUAGUGGCUUUGCAGAGAUUUAGUAUUAACGGGCUUCAGAGGAAUUUAUUGCUGAAGCGAAAUCACACGUGCAUUAAAGCAGUAAAUGACCAAAAAAAAAAUCAUUCUACAUAUUAUCUGGGUGAGGAAAUUUCCCACAGGUAGAUAUUUGUUUUUAGAGCGAACACAGCAGACUGGAUCACCUGGACUGGUCGAGUCAAACCCGCGUUAGUAAAUGACAUUCCAGCAUCAUGAAGCAUGAUCAUGUGAAGAGCAUUAGAGGAUGAGGUUUAUUUUGCC